UAUUAGAAGUCUGUGUGUUAAACUAACCUUUAUUAAAAUUUAAGGUUAGACCUUAGACAACAAAAAAGGAAAAUAAAAAACAUUUUAGUUCCACAGCCCUAAAAAUAAAUGUGUAUGUGAUUUUUAAGUUAACUUAACUGUUAAGAUACAAUAUGAGUGAUUAUGAAAAGGUAUGGAAUUUUAUAAAAAGAGUUUUUCCUGUAUUAGAUGAAUCUUUUACAUUUUGUCAAGUUGAGGAUAAUACUUUUUUAAAAAAUGAAUUUGAUGAAAGCGUGGAAUUUUGUCAAAAUAUGAAUUUAGCUAAAACUAUACAAGAUUUACUUAUAAGUAAAAUAGAACAGAGAUUGAGAGAUGAGGUAGUUCCUGAAUUUUGGUCUUAUUUUAAAAAGUCUGAAAAUGAUAAUAAAGGCUUCAAACAAUUUUACAAUGCAGUCAAAUCACUUUAUGACUGUUUUAAGCAGCUGGAUCACAUUAUAACCAAAUUAGAAAUAUUUAGACAAGCUACGAAAUUGUGUGACUUAAUUUAUAAUGAAAACAGUACCCACAAUGCUCUAAAAUUAAUUUUAAAGGCCACUUUGCUGUCUCAAUUAAAUUUAGAAUACCAGGUAGUGGUUAUGAAUUUUUAUGAAACUGCUCUUAAAAUGGAAGAUACAGAGGAAGAUGACGGUCAAUGCAUCAUUUGUUUACAAGAAAGCCGUCACUGUAACUGUUUGCACUUAUUUCAAGAAACAAAUAGGAAACUUGGAGAUAUGACUUUACUCGAGCCACUCGUUGGGCAGACAUUAACUAAUUUAAUUUAUACCUAUAUUCACGGACAUAUUCAAAAGAUUUGUAAGGAUUGCUUUGAUUCUUCUUUUAUAUCGGUUCUUGAAAAGUGGUUGCAAACCGUGGUAAUAAACUGGUUAAGAAAAAUAUAUUGUUAUGAUACAUCUGGUUCUAAUAAGUUUGCAGUUGAUAUGUUUGACAAAAAAUUGGUAAAUUACUUAUACAACAGUUAUACAAAAAUACGAAUUGAUCAGUUAUUUAAUAUUAUUAUAGAAUAUCCAGAAUCUUUACCAGCUUUAGAAGAUCUACGAUUAUGCCUUCCAAGGACUGAUCUAAAACCGUUACUUACCAAAAAGCUUCAAAAAGCUAUGGAGACGCGACUGUUGCAUCCUGGAGUAAGCACUCCUGAUAUUUUAACUGCAUAUGUUGCUGCAAUAAGGUCCUUGCGUAUUCUCGAUCCAACAGGAUUAUUGCUAGAAACAGUAACACAGCCCGUUCAUCAGUAUCUCAGAAGUAGAGAAGAUACUGUCAGAUGCGUAGUUAGCAGCUUAACAGAGGAAGGUCCAAACGAUUUAGCUGAAGAAUUGGUGAGAGGUGAAGCAGUGCAAGUGGAUGAAAAUACUCCCGUUGAUGAAGAUAGUGAAAAUUGGGAGACGUGGGUACCUGACCCGGUUGAUACCGCUCCAAGUAAAUCAUCAACUUUUCGCAGAACAUCGGACAUAAUAUCGAUGUUGGUAAAUGUGUACGGAAGUAAAGAGUUGUUUGUGAAUGAAUAUAGAACACUUCUCGCCGAUAGAUUGUUAACCCAGUAUUCUUGUGACACAGAAAAGGAAAUACGAUAUCUAGAGUUGCUCAAACUGAGAUUUGGGGAUUCUCAGUUGCAUUACUGCGAGGUUAUGCUGAAAGACAUAGCAGACUCGAAACGUAUCAACCAACAUAUUAAGCAGGAUCCCGAAUAUUCUGAAAGUGAUGUACCAAUAUCAGCCAUGAUAGUUUCGGCUCAGUUUUGGCCCCCAUUCAAAGAAGAGAAAUUGGAACUGCAUAAUCGACUUGUAACGCAAAUGGAGGGGUAUACGAGUGCAUUCGAAACUCUUAAAGGAAGCAGAACUUUAUGCUGGAAGAACCACUUAGGAGUUGUUGAUUUGGAAGUAGAAUUAGCGGACAGAACACUGAACUUGUCGGUGUCUCCAGUGCAAGCUACUAUAAUGAUGUAUUUUCAAGAUAAAAGUACUUGGGAAUUGGAGGAAUUGAGUAAAAUAAUGCAGUGUCCCCCGACGAUAUUGAGGAGAAAAAUAGGUUUUUGGCAAUCUCACGGCAUUAUAGCGGAGAUGAAACCUGAUGUUUUUUGCAUACAGGAGGAUGUGGACAACAAGGACAACAAUAUUCAAGAAGACAUAUUUGUCGAGGAUUACGAGUCAGAGUCUGCCAUGGCAAGCGCUCAGGAUCAACGAGAAGAAGAGUUACAGACGUUUUGGUCAUAUAUUGUUGGUAUGUUGAUGAAUUUAGAUACUUUACCUUUAGACAGGAUACACCAAAUGUUAAAAAUGUUCGCUUUUCAAGGACCUACUAUAGAAUGCAAUCUACAGGAACUUAAAGUUUUUCUAGAUCGAAAAGUAAGGGAACAUCAGUUAAUUUAUUCAAAUGGUUAUUACAAGUUACCAAAGUAGCCCAGGUUCCGUCCAAUAUUUACUUUGAAAUUAAUAAAAAUGUUGUUUUGA